CGCAUUAACCUUAAAAAAAAUCCUCCAAAUCGGCUGCAAUUCUUGAAAUUAAUAAAUUUAUUAGAAAAAAAUAAAUAAAUUGUAGUCGUGGAUUUCCAUCUGCUUCAUAUUUGAUUUGCAGUUUUAUCAACAAUUGUCACAACAAUGCCAGCUGAAGAGUUGUCAGCAAUGUCUAUCAAAGAAAUUUAUACUUCUGAUAAACAUGGAAGUGAUGAGUCUGGUGAUGGUUCUGAGGCAAAACCAUUCAAGACAAUCCUUCAAGCAAUGAGAUCUACUGGAAUAGAUCCAAUGCCAACAAUUUAUCAAGACUCAAAAGAUGAGAAUCAAAAAUAUGAGCCAGCAGCAAAAUCUCAAUUGAAAAAAAUAACAAAAUUAUAUACAAGAGAACAACAAAAAAAUAUAGAAAAAGAAAAAAAAUCCCAAGAAGAUGAUGAAAAACGUGCUAAAAAUCUUGAAGAAGCAAAAACAAUUGUCAUUGAGGAGGAUAAAUCAUUGCCAAUUGCAAAACGUAUUAAAAUUCAAGAUGCUGUUAAUUAUCGAGAUAAAAGAGUUAAAAUAUUUGGCUGGGUACAUCGUCUAAGAAGACAAGGAAAAUCAUUGAUGUUUAUAACUCUACGUGAUGGUUCAGGAUUUUUACAAUGUGUACUUAAUGAAAGACUUGUACAAACAUAUGAUGCUGUUACAUUAAAUACUGAGGCAUCAGUUGAACUAUUUGGUACUCUAAAUGUUUUACCUGAAGGUAAAACAGCUCCUGGUGGUCAUGAAUUAUCAGUUGAUUAUUGGAAAUUAAUAAGUAAUGCUCCACCAGGUGGUGCAGAUUCAAUCCUAAAUGCUGAAGCUUUACCAGAUGUACAAUUAGACAAUAGACAUAUUAUGAUACGUGGAGAAAAUACAUCACGUGUAUUAAUUAUGAGAUCAGUAUUGCUUCAAGCAUUUCGUGAUCAUUAUCAAUCACGUAAAUAUUGUGAAGUAACACCACCAACAUUGGUACAAACACAAGUUGAAGGUGGCUCAACAUUAUUUAAACUUGAUUAUUUUGGUGAAGAAGCAUACUUGACACAAAGUUCACAGCUUUAUUUAGAAACUUGUAUACCAGCAAUGGGUGAUGUUUAUUGUAUUGCUCAAUCAUACAGAGCUGAACAAUCAAGAACACGUCGUCAUCUUGCUGAAUAUAGUCAUGUUGAAGCUGAAUGUCCAUUUAUAACAUAUGAUGAAUUAUUAGAUCGUUUAGAGGAUUUAAUUUGUGAUGUUGUUGAUCGUGUAUUAAAAUCACCAUAUGCUGAUAUUGUUAAAGAACUUAAUCCAAAUUUUGUUGCACCAAAACGUCCAUUUAAACGUCUUGAUUAUAGUCAAGCUAUUGAAUAUUUACGUGAAAAUAAUAUAACAAAAGAGGAUGGUACAUUUUAUGAAUUUGGUGAAGACAUACCAGAAAUGCCUGAAAGAAAAAUGACUGAUAAAAUAAAUGAGCCAAUAAUGCUUUGUCGUUUUCCAGCAAAUAUUAAAUCAUUUUACAUGUCAAAGUGUCCAGAAGAUUUACGUUUGACUGAGUCAGUUGAUGUACUAUUGCCAAAUGUUGGUGAGAUUGUUGGUGGUUCAAUGCGUAUUUGGAAUUAUGAUGAAUUACUUGAGGGUUACAAGAGAGAGGGCAUUGAUCCAACACCUUAUUAUUGGUAUUCUGAUCAAAGAAAAUAUGGCUCAUGUCCACAUGGUGGUUAUGGUCUUGGUCUUGAAAGAUUUUUAUGCUGGCUUCUCAACAGAUAUCACAUUCGUGAUACUUGUCUUUAUCCACGUUUCCUUGAACGUUGUCGUCCAUAAAUAAUUUUUUAUUUUAACUUUUUUUUACAUUUAUAAAUUGAUUAUUCAAUUUACUGUAAUUGCUUAUUCAAUUAUCAUUAUGUAAUGGCAUUAAUAAAAAUAAUUAUCAAAAGGAUAUAA